AUGGCGGAGAAUUCCCGAGAAGCGCAACAGGAGAAGCAUACACCAACAUCGAGACUAUCACCGGAUCAUCAGUCCGAAAAAUCUAUUGAACCCGAAUCUGAAGCCAAACCAGGUCCUCCAGGUCCUCCAGGUGGCACAGGUGGUGGGAAACCCUUUGGGCCGGGCAUGGGUCCCCCGGUUGAGUAUCCAAAGGGUCUCAAGCUCUACUCAAUCAUCGUCCCCCUUUACUUUACAGCCUUUCUCACGGCACUGGAUCGCACCAUCAUCGUGAACGCCAUUCCCAGUAUCACUAAUCAAUUCAACUCCAUCGAUGAUAUCGGUUGGUACGGUAGUGCCUAUCUACUGACAUUUUGCGCCUUUCAACUGCUUUUCGGCAAGAUUUACUCUUUCUAUAAUCCGAAAUGGGUGUUUGUGACCGCCGUGGUCAUCUUCGAAAUUGGGUCCGCUAUCUGCGGUGCCGCGCCCAAUUCGACAGCGCUGAUCAUUGGUCGGGCGAUCGCGGGCCUGGGAUCAUCUGGGAUUUUUGGUGGUAGUGUGAUCAUCACCUUCUUCACCGUCCCAUUGCACCUGCGGCCCAUCUUCUCGGGCAUUGUCAGCCUCGUUAUUGCCCUCGCAUCCGUCACAGGCCCAUUGAUCGGUGGUGGCUUUACGGAACAUGUUACCUGGCGCUGGUGCUUCUACCUCAACCUACCCAUUGGUGCAGCAGCCAUAGUGGUGAUCAUGCUGGUACUCAAGAUGCCUCCGGCGCGCAAGGCCGGAACUCCUAUACUUCUGGCAGCAGUGUUCCUGCUGGCCUUUAUUGGAAUUCAGAUCUGGCUUCCAGACACCGCCACCAUUCCACCCCGGAUCAUGAAGCAGCGCAGCAUUGCCGCCGGAGUUGUCUUCACCCUGAUGGUUACUGCAGCUAUGAUGACUUUCAACUACUACCUGCCAAUUUGGUUUCAAGCCAUCAAGUCUGCGUCUCCAGUCCACUCAGGUGUUAUGAUGUUACCCACUGUCAUCUCGUCUGCAGUUGCCAGUCUCAUAUCGGGUAUCCUAAUUAAUCGUAUCGGCUACUAUACGCCGUUCAUGAUCGGCGGAUCAGUGCUUAUGUCUAUUGGGGCCGGUCUUAUGACAACCUUUACGCCGCAUAUGAGCGAAGGCAAAUGGAUCGGCUACCAGAUCCUUUGGGCGGUUGGAUGUGGAAUGAGCAUGCAACAAGCUUCUUUGGCUGCUCAAGCCGUCCUCCCUCGUCCAGAUGCUCCAAUCGGGAUUUCCUUGGUCUUUUUCGCGCAGUCGCUAGGUGGUUCUGUGUUCCUUUCCGUGGAUCAGGCCAUAUACAGCAACAAAUUAUCAGCCAACCUUGGCGACCUCGCCAAUGUGACUGCCAGCGGAGUAACGAGUAUUCACGAUCACGUCAGUUCUCGGGACCUGCCACGCUUCUUGACCGGAUACAAUGGGGCGGUCAUGGACGUGUUCCGCGUAGCUUUGGCGGCUUCCUGCGCAUGUGUUGUGGCUUCUGCUCUUAUGGAGUGGAAGAACGUAAAGGCCGAAAAGGAUGCCAUGGGAAAGCCUCCUGGCCCCGGUGGACCGGGUGGCCCUGGUGGCCCUAGUCCAGGGGGUCCAGGAGUUAGCCCUGGAAAGGAACCGUCAACUGCCAGUGGAGAAACAACUGUGAAGCCAAACGGUGAUGCUGGUGCUCAAGUUUAG